GACAAAAAUAAUUAUUGAACAAAGUGAACAGCUAGCUAUGGGGAAUGGGGGAGAAAGGCAAGGCCAAGGGGGUCCUUGAAUAUAUGUUGGAUCGACCAAAAGGCAAACUACAGAGUGCUGUGCAAUUAUUCAUCCCAUCUUAUUUCAUCCUCAGCUUGUGAAAAGCUAAAAUUCUCCUCUCAAAAACUCAAGAAUAAAAAACCCUAGAAUUAUAUUACGAGCCAUGAAGAACACGAUCAGAUGCUGCAUCUCCUGCAUUCUACCAUGCGGCGCUCUCGACGUGAUCCGGGUAGUCCACUCGAACGGGCACGUCGAAGAGAUCAGUGGCACGAUCCGUGCAGCUGAGAUCAUGAAACUGAAUCCCAGGCACAUGUUGAAGAAACCCUCUUCGCCAUCUGACGAUCACACUUGUCCCAAAAUGGUGGUACUUCCCCCUGAUGCCGAGCUUCAACGUGGCAAGAUAUACUUUCUCAUCCCUCUUCCUAAGGCACACGAGAAGAGCCGCUCCAGAUCAUCGUCCAAGAAGAAGAGGAGAGUUUCGGAGAGUAACAACAUCACGGUCACAAACUUGCUUAUAAAUUCUGAUCAGUAUCUGAGUGAGAUCUUGUCGGAGAAAGUUUCGGUCCAGAGGGAUCGAAGAGGAGGCCGGACAGGAGUCUGGAGACCUCAUUUAGAGAGUAUUUCAGAGGCAGCCAGCGAUACGUAAUUUGUAUUUCCAAGCUCACAUUCACUACAACAAAAACGACUAAUUUUGACGCAAGUUCGGCCUAUCAAAAUAUUUGUCAGAAAUUUUCCGUCAUAAAUUGUCAAGAUUAUUGCCGCCGGGGACGAUUAUAUAUGUAUAAAUAUUAUUAGGGUUGAGGAAGAUGAGGGGUUUGAGCCUAUUUUCUUGCUUGUACAUAAGCAUGGAACUGAAAAGAACAAAAUAUAUUAUGUUAUGGUUCCUGUAUUUUGUUAAUGAAUUAUGAUGAGCAACUCGAGUAGGGUCUUGCAUGUGAGGGAGUAAUGAUAAUUGCGAAAGCAAGAUAUAUCGCACUAUUUUUAGCAAUGUAUUUUUUUCCUUUUUUUCUUGAAUAAGAUUGAAGGUGUUAUAUAUAUAUUGUGAUGUGAACA